AUGUUACUCCCUUCACAGAAUCAGUUAUUAUCUGCAUUUGCAUUUUCAGCUUUUAUAGUUGACAGUACUGCUACACCUACAAAUCGUGGCAAUCAACAUGUGGAAAAGACCCUAAAGACGCGAGCCGGCUUGAACAUAGUCAAGACGACCACUACCGAUACCCAAACGAUUGACUGGGUCGCUCUUGACUCUCAAGGAAAAAUCGCAGAGCUACCACCACCUCGAACACCGCGAGAGGGACCACGACCUACUGCAGAGCUUGAGCAAGCUGGAGCCGAAUUGGGACCUGCAGGCACUGUUCCAGUGUCCCGCACAAACCUGGACUAUCUUACCAAUGCUCCUAAGAAAGUUUUGCCAGAAAUCCAAUUUUCGAAACGUCAGAAUGCUGGCGUACACUGGUAUUGUCAAGCCAACCAGACAGUGACCAACAUCGGUGGUACCGGCACAUUUAGCAUGUUUGCUCCCUACACACAAAGCGACGCGGAUUUCUCACUGCUACAGACAGCUGUUACCAGACAUGAUGUCAAUAUUCAGGCUGGCAGAUUUCCUCCCUUCCCUGGAACACAAACAGUAGAGGCUGGAUGGAUCAACUGGAAGCAGCAAGUCGCUCAACCACAUCUCUUCACCUACUACACUAGCAAUAACUACGUCCAGGAAGGCAACAACCAAGGUGGAUGGAACACCGACUUCACGGGUUGGGUUCAAGUUGACCCAACGAUCCAUCCUGGCUCAGUUUUCACCCCUCUCAGUAUCGACGGCGGAGCCCAAAACGAUCUCAAAAUCGAGUACAACCUCCACAAAGGCAAUUGGUGGCUUGCGGUAGAGGAUAAGUGGAUAGGAUACUACCCCGGCUCGCUUUUCAGUACCCCAAGCAGUGAUCCAGCAUCGUCGACUCUGGCUGGUGGGUCGGAUACGAUCUACUUUUAUGGCGAGGUCACCAAUAACGAAGAAACCCUUACGACGACGGAUAUGGGCAGUGGCGAGUUUGCUAACAAAGGCUACGGAAAAGCGGGAUAUAUUUUCAAUAUUGCUUAUACGAACCCUCAGAAUGUUAGCAAGCCUUUCAAUGGGCCGUGGAGGGAUUCGGAUACUUCGAGAUAUACGCACGAGUCGCACUUCUUGAGUGGAACAAAGAGAGGGAGUUAUGCAUUCAUAGGGGGACCGGGUGCUGGUGGGAAGAUUGGCGGAUAA